AGGAACUUCAAGAGAAGCAAAUCUUCAUGGAUCGGACGAGGUUGUCGCUUGUAUGCUCGCGCAACGACGCCACAGUGCAGUCUUCACGGGAACUGGCAAGAGAAGGUGCCGUAAAAUCUGCCAUCUCACGGUUCUAACAGGAAGAUACGGGCAUCCGGAUGUCAACGUAUUGCCGAGAUACCCAGCGUGAGCGGAUGGCACCCAUGUCAACCUGCCUUUCUCGUAUAUCAGCAGGCACUGCGGUUCUUGCAUCCUUUCCUCGCCUCGCUCGGCGCCACCACGUCACACUCCUCGAUAUCAAUGUCGGCAGAAGCGAAGGUCGAUCAAACUGGAAAGGAGCUCAUUGCUCCUUCCGAAUCCAGCGUGGUGCGCUAUUCAGACGUCGAGGAGAAGAAGCUUCUGUGGAAACUUGACGCAAACCUGCUACCUGCCGUCAUUAUAUUGUAUCUUCUUUCGUUCUUGGACAGAAGCAAUGUCGCCAAUGCUCGCAUCGAGGGACUGGCAGCAGAUCUCCAUAUCACUGGUAACCAGUACCUCACCUCUCUGACCUUGUACUUCAUUGGCUAUGUACUUUUCGAGGUUCCUUGCAACAUUAUCCUCAAGCGAACUACGCCCAAAUUCUGGCUCCCGACGCUGACCUUGUUAUGGGGUAUCGUGGCAACUUUGACUGGCGUCACGCAAGGACUCUCAGGGUUCUUCGCUGCGCGCUUCUUCCUGGGGGUCGCGGAGAGCGGACUGUUCCCCGGCGUCGUCUUCUACCUUUCGAUGUGGUACAAGCGCCGUGAACGCCAGUACCGCGUCUCGCUCUUCUUCAGCGCCGCUUCUUUAGCCGGUGCUUUCGGUGGAAUAUUCGCCUGGGGCAUCGCUCACAUGCGAGGCGUCGGCGGUCUCAACGGCUGGCGCUGGAUCUUCAUCAUCGAGGGUCUCCUCACCGUGGUCGUCUCAGUGAUCGCAUACUGGUUCAUCUCGAACUAUCCCGCUACCGCUGGCUUCCUCACCGAGGACGAGCGUGAGCACAUUCAGGCGCGCCUCAAGGAGGAUAGCGACGCUGCAGACAAUGAGCCAUUCGCUUGGUCUGCAGUUUGGGGCGCCUUCACGGACAUCAAGUCCUGGCUGUAUUGCUUGGCAUUCCACACGCUGUCCCUCCCCCUCUACACAUUCUCGCUCUUCCUCCCCACCAUCAUCGCCGAUCUCGGCUAUACCGCUGCUAACUCCCAGCUCCUCACUAUACCGCCCUAUGCGCUCGCAACGAUCCUUACCGGCUUCAUCGCGUGGUGGUCCGCACGUGUUGACCGUCGGGCGCCCUUCCUUGUCGCAUCCUCGCUCGUUGCCAUCAUUGGCUACAUCAUCCUCCUCGCCAACUCGGAUCCGACCGGACGUCCCGGAGUGAGCUAUGUCGGGACGUUCUUUGCAGCGGCAGGAAUCUACCCCUCGGUCGCACUUGCGCUUUCGUGGCCUGCUCUCAACGUCUACGGACAAACCAAGCGCGCUGUGGUCAACGCGAUGCAGAUAUCCAUCGGCAACUUGGGCGCUGUCAUCGGGACCCAGCUAUACAGGCCGGUGACGAGCCCGCGGUAUAUCCUCGGACACAGUUUCGCUUUGGGGUACCUGGCUGCAAACAUCGUAGUGACGAUCGCGCUGUGGUGGGUGCUGGACAGGGAGAAUAAGAAACGCGAUCUGCAUCAGGCAAAGAAGGUAGGAGGAUCGGGGGAUGAUGAAGUGGGGAGCGAAAGCGGAUGGCCAAAUGGCGAGCAUCCCAGCUGGAGGUACAACCUGUGAUGUAUUGAUAGAUCUGUACUAUGUCAGCCCUGAACCC